CAGCACACAUAUUACUAUUUUCAGGCACAGAAGGGACACCUCAAACCCAUCGUCUCGUUCAGUCUUAUUUUAUACGAUAAAAAAACGCGUUUGAACUUAUAAAAUUCCUCACCACCCCCUGAACCUAUCGGUGUCAAGAGGACCCACGCCGCUCCGUAAACUCAAAAAAAUCAAAAAAAAAACCGUCGUACCUCGCCGUCUCCGUAGAAUCAUGCCAAAGUGUGUGCAUUCCCCAGUCUACAAAGUGCUCACCUAACAAUCCCCCCAAAGUGUCAAGUGUAAAUACCGAUUAAGUGUCAAGUGUUCCCCACAAAAACUCGUAGAAAAAAAUGAACGAAAGUCCCGAGGGUGUUGUUCACCUCAUCGCUGCAUGAAAUGAAUGAUUGACCAUCGCCACGAGCAGCUGAUGGCGGCCAAGUGCAUCUGAAUCUCCCAAAAAAUAACCAAACAUACUCCAAAAUCUUCCGAAAAUUUCACUAAAAAUCCCGAAAAUUUCCCUAGAAUUCCUGCAAAUCCAACUUCAGAAAUUGAAUCUCGUGGCAACCAUAAAACAAAACUACCAAAGUGCAGGUAGAAACCUCGUAAACAACCCCGAAUUAUCGGUAAUUCUUUCGUGUGGGACUCGAGACGUGAUAUAACGGUGCUUGGAGCACUCUCUCUCCCCUCUCCCACGUCCCUCGCCGUAACUCCGGGAGCAUCCGGACGGGCACGUAGCCGGUCCCGGCUAUCGAAUUUACAUCGUAAAAACCGAACGAAACUCGGGACUAACCCCCGAGGGUAAACAACAAUUGGUGAACAAAAAAAAAGUCAUUGAAUGAUUAAGCAAUAAUAUUAAUAAUAAUAAUAAUGUGUGAGUGAUUUUUUUUUUCAUUUUUCUGUGGUGUCUUGUGAUUCCUGGAGGUGUCCACAAGUGAGGGAGUUGUUGGUUUUGUGAGAAACUCACGCAAGAGGGCCCAGUGAAUAGUGAGGAAGCGGAAUAAGCCGAUAAUUUCUGAUAAUUCAUCAUUAACUGUGAAUUUUGGGGAUUCUCUGGCCCUCCGGUGUGAUUAUUUCGGUUAUAAACUCGGUAAAAUAUAUUCUUCGACAUUUUUUUCCACAAUUGGUGAACUUUGGCAGUUGAGGGAGUCCGACAACGCCUAGGAAGUGAGGGAAUUUUCGUGAAUGGAGUGAUUAACUUGGGGUUAACCUUGUGUUUCAUCCGGGUUAAGUUGGGAAUUUUUUAAGGGAUAAGAGUCGGGGAACUUGAGUGAUGAUUUCGAUGGUUAUACAGGGUGGUAAUUCAAGUAACUAGCCGCCACGACAUCACCAAGAGAGGAGGAACAGGGGCACGAGCGUGACGCCGGAGCAGCAAGACAAUCCAGCAUCCGCAGUGCCUCAAAUCCUAACAACAUGUCAUCUAGCGCGUUUGUCGAUCGGAUAGAUCCAUUCGCUAAGCGAUCGCUUAAAAAGAAGUCGAAAAAAUCCCAGGGUUCCUCGAGAUACAGGAAUUCACAGGAUGUUGAGUUGCAACAGUUGCCACAGCUCAAAGAUGUCCCUUUAUCGGAACAAGAGGAUCUUUUCAUCAGAAAGUUGCAGCAGGGCUGCAUGGUAUUUGAUUUCAUAGAUCCAGUCUCUGAUCUCAAAGGAAAAGAGAUAAAACGUACAACCCUCAAUGAACUCGUUGAAUACAUAACAACUGGUAGAGGUGUACUCACUGAGCCAGUUUACCCGGAAAUUAUCAAGAUGAUAUCGGCUAAUUUAUUUCGUACAUUGCCACCGAGUGAAAAUCCUGAUUUCGAUCCAGAAGAGGAUGAUCCGACAUUAGAGGCUAGCUGGCCACAUCUACAAUUGGUCUAUGAAUUCUUUUUACGAUUUCUCGAGUCCUCUGAUUUUCAACCGCCCAUUGGAAAAAGAGUUAUUGACCAAAAAUUUGUUCUACAGCUGUUAGAUUUGUUCGAUUCUGAAGAUCCCAGGGAGAGAGAUUUCUUGAAGACGGUCUUACAUCGCAUCUAUGGAAAGUUCCUCGGCCUUCGGGCAUUCAUACGCAAACAGAUAAACAACAUAUUUCUCAGGUUUGUGUAUGAAACAGAACACUUCAAUGGAGUUGGAGAACUGCUGGAAAUUCUGGGGAGUAUUAUCAAUGGUUUCGCACUACCACUGAAGGUCGAACACAAGCAAUUCUUAGUCAAGGUGCUGCUACCACUCCAUAAGGUGAAAUGUUUGUCUCUCUACCAUGCACAGUUAGCAUACUGCGUGGUACAAUUUCUAGAGAAGGAUGCAACGUUAACGGAACCAGUGGUGAGGGGGCUUCUCAAAUUCUGGCCUAAAACAUGUAGCCAGAAAGAGGUCAUGUUUCUUGGUGAAAUGGAAGAGAUUCUCGAUGUUAUAGAACCUAGCCAAUUUGUUAAAAUACAAGAACCACUGUUCAGACAAAUAGCACGCUGUGUCUCUUCACCACAUUUUCAGGUGGCUGAGAGAGCACUUUAUUUCUGGAACAAUGAGUAUUUUAUGUCACUGGUUGAGGAUAAUAAUCACGUGAUAAUGGGAAUAAUGUUUCCAGCAUUGUACAGAAUAAGUAAAGAGCACUGGAAUCAGACGAUCAUUGCUCUUGUUUAUAAUGUACUAAAAACUUUUAUGGAGAUGAACAGCAAACUCUUUGACGACUUAACUGCCAGCUACAAGUCAGAGAGACAAAAAGAGAAAAAACGAGAUAAAGAGAGGGAAGAAUUGUGGAAGAAAUUGAAAGAAUUGGAGGUGGAGCGAAGUAAUGCGCUCAUGGCAACACCCAAUACUCCAGUUCCUGCCAUUACAGCACCUGCGACACGAGCCCGCCCCUGAGCUGGUGGAUCCUCACUACCAUGCUGCCCAAUUGUUAGCCCCUAGUUUACAUCGAUUUGUCCUCGAAACAACAUACGCAACCACAAAAAGUAAAAUGCAAAUUAUCGUUGUUAGUGAAAGAAACAAAAAAAAAACAUUAAGGAAAAAACUACAAAUGUCCGCCGGCAUUAUUGACGUAAAAUAACCGAUAAAAAAUCAUUUUAAAAAAUAAAAAAAAAUAUAUAUGAAAAAUCCUCUUGUUAGUUGAGAGCCUCGAACGGCUGCGUUGAUCGGGAAGUGACGAUAAAUGCUGCAGUAAUAUCACAAUCUAUUGACAGGACUGUUGACAUAAAAUUAAUGAAAAACAAAAAAAUUACUCCUAAGAAUUGAAAUGAAUCUAAUGGGACAAAAUGAUGAAUUUGAAUGAACCUCCAGAACUAAUUUAAAUGUGUACAAUAAUUUUUAUGAUUUAAAUCAGCUGAAAGAGAUAAUUAAUUGUUUUCAAUUGCAAUUAAAAAAUUUAUUAUCUCAUAUCUUCAUUGUCUUUGAAUGAAUUUAAUUUGUAUGGUGUACUCAGUGUAAGCACGUAAAAUGAAAAAUGAGAAUGUCAGUCCCUUCUUAAUAAAGGCUGUCCUGUCCAAACGACGGAGGUGAUGAUCAGAGUUAAUAAUUACGUAUUAGCAACAAUAGAGAUUUAAUGAGACAAUUGUGUGCAUGGAUUUAAUCUAAAUUUAUGGAAAAAAUGAAAUAAGUAUUGGGAGACGUGGAGCUGAAUAAUCAUUUUUUAUUACCAAAAAUUGACGUAGAAAAGUAAUGAUGAUGGAUUUUCAUUGAUAUAAUGUAUCUGCACUUUGUAUUUAGGUAAUUGUAAUUAAUAAUUGAAGGGUUAAACGUGAUUUUCCAUAAUUUUUCAUUUUUUGCAUCCACAUUUAGGGGCAGCUCUCUUGCAAAUUAGUGAAUUUUACGGGAAAAUGUUUGAGAAAUUUUUUUGUUUAGAUUCCAACUUUACAUAUAAAAAAAUUUAUGAUGUAUUCUCGUAGAAAUCGUCGUUGAUGAGAUAACUGCCUAGUUAUGGAAUUAAAAAUUUUAGGAUUUCAUGUUUUACCAGUCGAUGACAGAAUUAAUUAACAAAUCUCCAUUAUUUCAUUUGUAUGAUUAAAGUAAAAUGAUAAUUAAUGAAUACAUGAUCUUCACCUCCUUUUUUGGGGCACGAAGCGUUGUUUGAAAUGUAUCAUAUAUUCGUAUUAAUAAUAAAUAAUGAUUAACUAUAACAAGAACAUAAUAAAUUAGGUAAAUAUAUAAAUAAAAAAUGAAUAUAUAUAUAAAUAUAUAUAAUACAAUAUAUUAUAAAAUAUAGUAAUAUUGAUGAUACGUGAAAUAAAUACAAGAGAAAAACAUUUUAAAAAUUUACAAAAGUAAUAAUUACACAUGACAUUUACACAUUCAACACGUACAAAAUCAGGUACACGAGGAAUUUUUAAUAAAUUCGCAAGGGGAGGGGCUGGUAGGGAAGAGUGUUUCCGUGUUAUCAAUUAAUAACAAAAAAAUCAUUUUUUAGUAUUUCAGGAGUGAAAUGGUGAAACGAGGAAAAUUAAGCAAAUUUCCUUCGGGAUUUUUGGAAAAUAUCUCGUGACAUGUGGGACAUGGGAAAUUUUGUAUCUUGAACUUUUUUGUACAAAUUUCAAGUCCUACAAAAAAGGUCAAGAUGAAAAUUGUCGUAUGUCCUUUGUAAAUUGAGAUAUUCAGGAAAAAAGGCUCAGUCGAUGAGGUUAUCUUGUUUCAACAAUUUACUCUUCAUUUUUUCAGUCUUCAAGCGGAGUUUAGAUUUUUGUGGGUGACAAGGUGCCGCAUGUUAUUCCGUAUUAUUUUGUAUUUGAGUGGAGAAUAAUGUGAAUUUUUUAAUUCAUCGUACACAAAUGGGGUCAGAGAAAUAAGUGAGAUUAACAAAGUUGGCGAGAAAUACCGAGAAUUAAUUGUACCAAAAUAUCCAUGAAUUACUUAUAAAUAAUUAAUGAUAACAUAUUGAUAACAAUAAUUAAUGAAUAGAGGAUAAAAUGCAUAAUAAGGAUUUAUUCGGAGCUGUGCUCCCACAGGCCACCGUUGAAAGUGUACGUGGGAUCGUUUUUCAAAUGAAAAAAAAAAAUGAGAAUAAUAAACAAAACAAGUUAUUAAGAAAUUUCUUACAAUUCAUAAUUAAACAUUAAAUAGGCGACUUGUUGACGGCUGAGUAGUAGAUGAUGAUUUGACGAAUGAGUGAAUUGCUUGCUCACAUCAUUUUAUUUAUUUAUUAUUUUGUUUCAUUGAUGGGAUUAAAUGCUCAAGUUGAAGAUCAAUUAAUUAAUUAUGCAAUUAUUUCACUAACGAGUGCAUUUACCACAAAAAGUUAUAUCAAAUUAUUUGUAGAGAAUUCCAUUUCCUAUAAAGAAUAUCUGCGACAUUUGCUGCUCAACUCUCUUCUUACUGAGAUAAUGAAUGACAAUUAACACCAAAUCAAUAAACGAAAUUUUGAUUCCAAUUUGAAUAAAUACUCAAAUUGCUAUUUAUCUCAGUAAAGAACGAAUUUGCGGCAAAAAAGUCAUAAUAGAUUUUUCAUCGUAAUUUUCAUUUACUGCGAGAAAUUAUCAAUCACAUUUUCUCCUGAACCCACUCAUUACCGAGAUAAUUAACGAUAAACAAAACUCUUAACUCAGUCAUUUCGCAAUUCCCAAGAUCAAAUCAGCGAAUUAAUUAUUAGGCGUAGCUUUUUAAUUACAUAUGAAAAAACUGCUGAUUAUUGCAUCACACCACUACAACCCAUUAAACGCCCAUUUUUUAUCAUCAAAGAUCCCUUCCACAAGAAUUUUCUUAAUUAAACAAUUAAAAUUCUUCUGGAGGUGAUUUUCCCGCAUAUGACGACUCACGUAAUCAAUACGCUUUCAGGUAUUUAAAAAAAUCGAUAAUAAAUGGCCGAAUAAGUUUAUUAACAGGCAGUUCUCGAAUCGAGAGGAAAAUUAAUGAACCAACAUGGGAUUAAUCAAUCGAAACUGAAGGAAAACAAUUUCCUGUUGAAGAGUUUAACGCAAAUGAGAAUGAGAUGAUAGCGAGAGGACAAUUGCAAAUGAUAUGAACAAUUGUUUCAACGUAUUAUAAUAUAUUUUUAACAUCUACGAUUAGUUGUAUAAAUAGCGUGAAAAAAAAAGAAUAUGAUGGAGAAGGAAAAUUUAGUUACAUUCAUUCCGCUGAGAAAUCCGUUGUACAGAAGAUGAAUAAAAACAGUGAAAUUAAUUGUUCUUUUGUGGAAUAAAUA